AUGAAGAGUCUUCUCGGUGCGCCCUCGCCGGCGCUGCUCGCUGCCCUUCUCGCGAUCCCACAAACCGCCUCGGCCUUCUACCUGCCGGGCGUUGCGCCGACGUCCUACAAACCCGGCGACAACGUGCCACUCUUCGUCAACAGCGUCAAGCCCGCAGCUGCGUCGCAAGAUGCCCUCCUGCACUCCGUCAUGUCCUAUGACUACUACCAUGACCGCUUCCACUUCUGCAAGCCCAAGGACCCCAAUGGCCCCAAGUACGUCUCCGAGAGCCUGGGCAGCAUCCUGUUCGGCGACCGUAUCAUGACGUCCCCCUUCGAGCUGCACAUGGCCAAGAACGAGACGUGUAAGCCGCUGUGCGAGGCCGACUAUGAGAGGACGUCGGCCCACUUCGUCAACAAGCGCAUCAUGCAGGGCUACGCCCUCAACUGGCUGGUCGAUGGCCUGCCCGCCGGCCAGCAGUCCAUCGACGCUGCCACCCAGACCCCCUACGAGAGCCAGGGCUUCCAGUUGGGCUCCGUCGAUCCUACCGCCCAGGAUCCCAAGCCCAACUUCAACAACCAUUACGACAUCAGCAUCGAGUACCACGAGGUCGGCAGCAACCCGAACCAGCUCAGGGUCGUGGGCGUCACCGUCGACCCCUGGUCGUGGGACUACGCCGGCGGGAACCCCGACUGCACCGACAACCACGCGCCCGUCAUCCUGGCCGAGGACGGCAAGACCAAGGUCCAGUUCACCUACAGCGUCUACUGGACCAAGUCGCCGACCGCCUGGGCCACCCGCUGGGACAAGUACCUGCAGGUCUUCGACCCCAAGAUCCACUGGUUCUCGCUCGUCAACUCCGCCGUCAUCGUCGUCUUCCUCGUCGUGACCGUGGCCUCAGUCCUUUUCCGAGCCCUGAGGAAGGACAUCACCAGGUACAACCGCCUAGACCAGAUCAACCUCGACGACCUCUCCGGCACCUCAGCCCUCGAGGAUGGCGUCCAGGAGGACUCGGGCUGGAAGCUGGUGCACGGUGAUGUCUUCCGCACACCCUCCCAUCCCCUCCUGCUCUCCGUCUUUCUCGGCAGCGGCGCCCAGCUUUUCGUCAUGACCGGCUUCACCAUCUGCUUCGCUCUCCUCGGCUUCUUGUCGCCCUCGAAUCGCGGCUCUCUCGGAACCAUGCUCGUCCUUCUCUUCACCGUCCUGGGCUUCGUCGGCGGCUACACCUCGGCCCGGGUCUACAAGUCGCUGAACGGCGAGAAGUGGAAGCUCAACAUCGGCUUGACCCCUGUCCUCGUCCCCGGCAUCGUGUUUGGCACCUUUUUCUUUCUCAACCUCUUCCUGUGGGCCAAUGAGGCGGCCGGCGCCGUCCCUUUCACCACCAUGCUGAUCAUCGUCGGUAUCUGGUUCCUCAUCUCCGUCCCCCUGUCGUUUGCCGGCUCCUGGUUCGGCUUCCGUGCCACGCCCGUCGAGCCUCCUGUCCGCACCAACCAGAUCCCCCGCCAGAUCCCCCCGGCUACGACCUACUUGAAGCCUAUCCCCAGUAUGCUCCUCGUCGGCAUCCCGGCAUUUGGUGCCAUCUUCGUCGAGCUCUUCUUCAUCCUCAGGUCCAUCUGGUUCAGCAGGAUCUACUACAUGUUCGGCUUCCUCUUCCUCUGCUACGGCCUCAUGAUCAUCACCUGUGCGGCAGUAACCGUGCUGAUGGUCUACUUCCUGCUCUGCUCAGAGAACUACCACUGGCAGUGGCGUUCGUUCCUGGCCGCCGGCAUGACCGCUGGCUACGUCUUUCUCUAUGCCCUGAUCUAUCUGGUCAGCAAGCUCUCCCUUGGCGGACUGUCGGGUACCGUGCUGUACAUUGGCUACAGUGCUCUCCUGUCGUUCCUCUUCUUCAUCCUGACAGGCUCGAUCGGCUUCUUCUCGAGUUGGUGGUUUGUCCAGAAGAUAUAUGCCUCUAUCAAGAUCGAUUAA